AUGUCCACCCCCGAGGAGGCUAGGGACGCCCCAAGAAACGCCGAAGAGGACCUCAAGAUCUUCGAGACUCUUUGCAUCUCGCCCCCUCAGACGGAUGAUGCGAUGGCCCACGACGUGACGACCACAUUGAGAAGCGAAUUGGCUGUGCUGGAAUACAAACGCGACAAACUUCUGUCGGAUCUGCAAGAGAUGAAAUCCGCAGUCAGAUCGCGGGACCAAAGGGUCACGGAGCUGCAGAUGGAAGCAGACCAACUGAGGGAACAAUCGGCUCGGCAGAAUGCAGUCAUAUUGAGUCUGAAGAAGAGGAUCCAAGAGCUGGAAGACAGGGAGAGAAAUUUGUACGCCACUCAGGGCAGGUGCGAAAUUACUAUUCAAGGCUUGCAGAGGGACGUAAAGUACCAUGAGGACAAGGUCAGGGAGUACGACAAGAAAAUUCGACAACUGGAGCACAACCUGGCUGGUGAGAUUCAGCUGAAAGAGAGGGCCAGGCUGAAUUUGCAGGAUUUCGUCCGCAGGCUGGCCCACGCUCUUGGGGCAGAAUUUUGCGAGAGCACUCAUCACACGCCUGACGUCGUCAUCCACAAAGCCGAAGAACUGGUCCAGGAAGUGAAUCGACUUAGAACGAAAUGUACAAACAUGGAAACGCACCUCGCAGGGCUCGAAGCUGAUUUUCGAAGUUGCCGAGACACCUUGGAUCGCGUCGGGGCAGAAAAGGAGCAACUGCAGAGACAAGUCACGACAGACUUGGUGGACCUCGAUCGACUUCGUCAGGAGAAAGAAUGCCUCGAAAUGCAAUGCAGAGUCGCGGAAAGAGAGGUGAACGAGCUUCGCGACAAGUUGGUAAACGCAAAUAGGAGUAUAACAAACGCCACGAGCAAUAUCUCUAACCAAGAGGCUCUGAUUUGUCAAUUAAGAGAGGAGUUGAAGUGCAAGGAGGAAAAAGUGCAACGCACCCACAAUGAGAAUCGGCACAUUUUGGAGUCUCUGGCGAUUCUUCUCAGCAGUCCUAACAGGUUCGUCGAGUCCUGCGAAAACGCGAUCAAGGAUCGAAUCAGGGAGCUCCUGAACGACAACAAGGACCAAUGCCUGAAAAUCCAAGGACUGAGAGAGAAGGUGAAUUGUGCAACCGAUACUGCCAAUCGACAGACGGAAUUGACCGAUGCGACCAUGUCGAAAAUUCGCUGCCUCGAGGACGAGAGAUCCGUUCUGGAAACGAAACUUCACAAACUGGAAUCCGAAUUGACCAGUUGCGAGCUUUCCAGGGAAAAUCUGCGGCGAGACAAGCAAUCGUUCCUUUCGUUCAUGGAGCGUCUUGGUAAGACCAUGCAAAUGGACGAGAUUUCGCAAGAUGUCGGAUUGGAUUUGCAAAUGGACUCGUUGCUGGUUCGUGCCGAGCAAUUGGCCCGUCUCGAGACGGAUAAAUUAGUGGACAAGCUAAUGUGCUGCAACUACACGACGUUUCCCAGGAUUCGACGGGAGAGGUCGUUCAACGAGCUUCCUUGCCUAAAAGAAACUUCAGUGGUUUAUCAACUUCAAAGGCGGGUUAGAACCCUCCGAGAACAGUUGCAACGUAGGGAUCUUCAUCUGGACCUGCUGCGCAGGAAAUUGUCUCUUCAGGAAGAUAGCGUCCGGAUGAAAUCAAUUUUACAGUCCGAAAGGGACGAGGCGAACCUUCGGGUGAAGAAACUGAUGAAGCAGCUGGACCGCCUGCAGUUGCAACUGAACGACGAAAAGGCGAGAAAUCGAGAACUCAGUGCCCAGCUGGCCGAAGCGGCGGAUUACAAAAUCGCAGCGCUGGAGCGCAGCAGGAAAAUCGAGGAGCUGCAGAAGCGACUGGUGGAGAGCGAGAUGUUGAGGACCCGGUACAACAGAAAGUUGACCAUGUUAAAAGACCAAGUGCGAACCACGUCGGAAACCGCUGAGCAGGAAAGGUCUAUCAACGAUCAUUCCUUGCAGCUGCUAAGAGACGAACUCGCGCAAGUGAAGCAAAACUUGUCCGAAGUCAACAGGAGAGAGUCUCAGCUGCAAAGCUUCCGGGUCUCCGUGGCGAAGCUGCUCUCGGAGCCGAUUUGCUCGCCGGAUUAUGAGAUCAUUUCAAGGCUUCAAAAAUUGGUGUCUGCACACCGCGACUUCACGAUGCUCUCCAGGAGAUACGACGAGCCCUUAGAGACGAGUCCUUCAAGAUGCACCAGUAUCCAUCCAACGCAUCCUCCGAGAUCGCCAGGAUCGAGAUGCACGAGAUACGACGAUAGCGGGUUCACGGAUCCUCCGGAUCUCCAGGACAUGGACGACGACUACACGAAGAGGCCAGUCAGGAGUAGCCUACUUCCGUGACACCGGACAAAAUUUAAGUUUUAAGAGUAUCCAAAAAUCGACACUUGCCGAUUGUCCUUCCAGGACGAGCCUUUCCGUGGGUCUUCCCGUCCACGAAUAACUAUAAUUUAAUUAUAUCUUGUACAUAUCUCGUUCACCGUAAAGCGCGCCGUUUACAGUCUCGUAAACGGGUGCCUUAUACAGGGAACCGAAAGUGUUCAGCUUUUCUGCCGUGUAAAUAAAUCAUGCUUUCCUCCGCCA